AUGUAUAAUCAGAUGCAUAGGAGUGUGAGUGAGCCUUCCGUGGGCACUGUAGGAAAUACAUCAUGUUGGUAUUACUGCACUGGUCGCUUCUUUAAUGUCACAUUUGGAGAUUCAUUUCCUGUGGUAACAGUUUUGUAUUACUAUGAGGAAUCGUUUAUGCGUCAAAUCUCUCUGUUGAUGAACCACGAGUUGUACUUGGCUGGACAGCAUAUAUGGAGCCAGGGUGUUGUAAAAAAUGGAAUGAUUUGCAUCAAGAGAGGCGUCAUAGAAAUGCUGUCUGAUGAAGAUGACGAGAGUCCGAUGAUUGCGUUCAGAGAUGGAACUGUGCUUGGGGAGCUAAGCUUAUUCUACUCAAUACCAUCCAAAGUUACCGUGAAAGCAGCUACUUACGUAGAAUUACAGGAAGCUAUAGAGAAUUACGACAAAGGCGACUCGAGGCUAAUUCGAACCCGCUACCGACCUAUGAAGGUGCUCAAAGACAAGUUGACUGGGGCUGAAGAGGAGGACCCCACUUUUGUGGAUGACUCUCACAUGUAUUAUAGAGAUGAGAAUAAUGAGCGUCAGCCAAAGUUCACUACGGAGUUCCUUGAGCUAUAUCAGAUAUCUAGUAACGUGACUACAAUCGAUGCACCUCGUAUUUGUCUAAGGUCUAACUUUCCAUGGAUAUUGAUGCCCAAUACCGACUUUACCCGCAUGUUUGAUUUAGCUCACUUCCUUAUAAUCCUGUAUAUUUGCUUCAUGUUUCCGUACUCAGCACUUCAGAACUAUCAUUCGGAUGCUGAAAAAGUCCUCGGUACAAUUGUGGUCGCGGCCUUACUGCUAAACAUAUACAUACAACUUACCACAGCUACCUACGAGAAGAACGUACUAAAAGAAACGGUGAAAGAUAUAGCAGAAGCUAAAAUGGCGUCUUUUGGUUUUUAUCUGGAUAUUGUUUCUGUGUUCCCUGUGUCAAUAUUUACUGAUACCUUGGACCCUCAAGGAGAAACGGUAGCUGGUCAAAUCGCCAUGUUAUUCCCGAUUCUACAAGUGUGGCAUUUAUGGGAUUAUAUCGACAAGUGGGCUAAGAAUUUUAAUAGCCAUACGAAGAACACUUGGAUGUCGCAGUUGAUAUACUGGGAGACGAAGGUGUUCAUGACGAAUGAGGCCCGUCACGAGACCCCGCUGACGACGUCCUUCUUAUUUGGCACAUCAGUAUUAACUGGUUCUGGGACUUCAGAGGUCGCACCGGGAAACAUCGACCUCUUUGCAGUGAUAUUCCUUUACGUGUUGGGAUCUUACCUGUGUUGUUUCUAUACGGCAAGCAUCUGUAGUAACUACCUGCUCUCCAGUCAAAGGAAAAUGAAAUUCAAGGAAUCCAUGAGAGAGUUAUUUUAUUUCCUCUCAGUAAAUCACGUUAGUGGAAAAAUCAAAGCGCGGGUGAAAAAGUUCUUCUGCGUGCAAUGGUAUUAUAACCGUGCUGUGUCUACGGAAGAAAUAUUCGCAGACAUGUCCUCGAAUAUCCAACAAGACGUACUAUCAAUAGAAAUGGUCGAGACCUUGGUGUCCUGCCCUUUAUUCCAGGUAUUAAAUCGUGAUUUUCUACAAACUGUGGCCAGUAAUACUAGGACGUUGAUACUGCCUGAUGAUGAGGUGGUACAGCAUGCUGGUGACAUUGUGAGGGACAUGUAUAUUUUGAAAAAAGCCUUGGAAGACUCUGAAAUUAAAAAACAAGCCACUGCCUUUGAAGAGGCCAAGCCCUUGAUCGGUCGAAUUGAUAUUAAAACGAACAGAAUUGCGCAAGAGAUAAAAGAAAGUUUCGUGCUUCCAACGACGAGGGAGCAGAGAAUUCAUUACGUGAAGACAUUCAACCAGUUAGGAGUAUUGAGACACCUCAGGUACAUCUUCAUGCCAGGAUGCAUUACUCCCCAUGGAAUAUUCUUGAAGUUCUGGUGCGCUGUUCGCUUCGUCGUCGCCGUGUUUUACAUAUUCUCUGUACCGUACGAUAUUGCUUCAAAACAACACAAGCACGGGGGCCCGUACAAUUGGUCGGAUAUUAUUCUGUAUAUAGAUAUAGUAAUAAUGGCCUAUGUGGCAUACUAUAACGAGAAGUCCCUCCUUGUAACACAUCCCUUACUAACAGUAUCUAGAUACUUGAGGCACGCCUUCAUACUGGAUAUUAUUAGCGUUUUCCCAAUUGAAGAAGUUUUUCGAAUAGUAAACGAUAAUAGCGAUAUGGAUCUUUAUAGACUCAAUCGAAUGCUUUUGGUGACUAGAAUAACAGGAGCUUUCUCGUACUGGGAAGGUGAUAUAAUGCGAACAAAUCCAGCCGUUGUGCUGCUAAAGUUUCUACCGAUCGCUGUAACUAUUGUAAAUUUUGCUACUGCCUUCAUUAUCGUGAACGCCUGCGAACCCUAUCUACUUCAUAAUAAUUCGGAGUUCAUAUUUAUUAAUUGCACGAAAAGUUAUAUCGUUUCCAGUGCCAAAUCUGAGCCUAGAUGUUUGGGUUGUCCGCCCGUUAAUAUGAUGAAUUCUGUAGACCUUUGGCUGGUGAUGGCUUUGCAGCUCAGUGGAUUCCUAUACUUCGCUUUCAUGUUUGGAUACGUUGCCUCCACCAGAACAGCCGCUACGCACGAGUUGUUACAACACAAUGAAAAAACAAGGGAUCUAGCCAACUUUCUGUACCAGCAGAACGUGGACCCUAUGCUGACGGCGAAAACGUUGAAAUAUUUCGAAUAUGUGUGGAAACGGACCAAUGGCAGUAAUCCACAGAAAAUAUGUCGUCUCCUAAACUCGGCUCUGAUGGAAGACACGUUGGUGUUCAUGUAUGAACGAGCAUUGCGCGAGGUACCUUUGUUUGGCAAGGUCGAGAGAUCAUUCAUCAGGGUCAUCACUCAGCACCUACACGAAAUGUACUUUCUCAAGGGUGAUACUGUCAUACAAUGUAGGGAUAUACAACCCUAUAUCUUCAUUAUUUAUCGUGGUAAGGUAGAUGUUUUGACGUCGUAUAAUGAAAUGAUAACGUGUAUGGGCCCAGGUGGAAUGUUCGGUAAUUUUACAGGCCAACCAAUAUCAUGUUCAGAAGUAACGAUCUACGCAAGUCGGAGCCUCGAUUUAUUAGUUAUACCCAGUGUGACUUUCUUCAACUUGAUUAAAUAUUACCCCAAGAUCCAUGAGCCUUUGAACAAGGCUUUUGAGAUGUCUCGAGAUUAUAUCUUACCUAUUAAUAUGGAGAUGAACGACGAAGACUCCUCCGGAGAGGAAUCGACGUUCGAUUUGGCGUCUUUGGAAUCAGGAGGUGAUUCUAAAAGUGGUUCCAGUAGAUUCGACUUAUCAGGGUCACUACCGAUGAACGCGUCACAUUCUGACGUGAGCCAGGCGAAGUCGUCAGGCAGUGUGUCCACGUAUCACAGCUACACUCACGCUUCUAAUCUGCUAAGGCCCGGAACGCUCAUGUUUCAGUGUUACGGCUACGUGUCUUGCAUGGCAGUGAUGUUAAAUUAUGUGGUGGGUCUGUACGACUUGGUGACCUUGAACGAUUGUUUCAUGCUGUUCUGGGUCCAUACGUUUCUGGAUAUGUACUUCUAUUGCAAAGUCUACCUUAAAAUGCAUCAAUGUUACGAGAGCCAAGCUUCGGCCCGAAUGGGUCGGCUCGACCGGAGUGAUACCACGGCCUGGCAAAAAAUCGGCGUGAAACAACCAAAGCGUUGUGUUUCGCGGUGUGAAGAGAACUCGCAAAUUCGCUGGGAUUACGUGACGUCAAUUUAUGUGGUCAUAGCGCAACUGACCACGACGGGCAGUGACGAGUUUUUAGUUGACGAGAUUCUCCCAAUGAGUAUCCUGGCUAUUAUACUUGUGUGUGGGAAGAUGUUAGCGGCCAUCAUCGUGGCUGCAUCCAUACAGCUUGCGUACUCCACUAAAUACGCGUUGACAGCUUACGAAAAAUAUACCAGAGAACUUAUAGAUAUGCUCAAGAAUCAAGGCUUGUCUGACUAUCAAUUGCAAAAGUUUUGGAAGUAUAUCCAACAGCUUUGGGUAACGGAGCGUGGAAGACAGCUGCCCCUCCUACUCUCACAAACUCCUUACGUAAGACGGUGUGAUCUGAUGUCAGCAAUGUUUGGCCAUCAUUUGAGGAACUGCUACAUAUUCGCUGAGACUGGCGAGGCAUUCCUUCGACAACUGACUGUUGAUCUUGACUAUACUAUAUUCUUUCCUGGGAACUAUAUAGUAGUGGCAGGGGACAGCGAGGCACGAAUGUACUGGGUGUCUACAGGAACAGUGUCAGUUGUGUCAGUUCGCGACGACCUCACUGAGAUCACACAUGAGCUUCUUGGACCCGGAGAUGUGUUUGGAGUACUGCAGGGUCUGAACAGGGGCAUCUCACAUUGUUUCUCCUAUAAGGCUGAGACUAAGGCAAGUGAUGUGUUUGGGAUGUAG